AUGAGCACACAAAGCAUUUGGAAGCCAAACUGGAUUCGUGGUGGAAAAGUAACAGAAGUAGCCUGGAUUGGAAAUGACGUUAUGGCAUGGUGUUCAGGAAUGCACAUCGUAUUUUACAACGUUAAAAAAAAUCAAGAAUCUCUCCGCUGGUGUUCCAAAUCAUCUACAGGCGAGGGUGCUUCCUGUAUUUCCAGUCACCCAACCUUGAACCUCUUCGCUUAUGCAGAAAAGGUCACCAAGCCUCGAAUAUUUGUAUACUCCUAUCCCACCUUGACAAAAAUAACAGAAUGUAGUCGAGGAAGUAGGGUUGGUUAUUUAUCAACAGCUUUUGCAGGCAGUGACUUUCUUAUAUCAUUAGGGACAUUUCCCAGUUUUACAUUCAUUGUCUGGUCCAGGAGAACAGGCGAAAAACUGAAAUCAAUCUCUACUUCGAUACAUGAUUCAGAAGGUCAGACUCUUAGAGCUACUUUUAAAAAACCAAUCCUAGUUGCCCAACUGGGCCAAAAAUUAGGAAAGUUGUCUAUUUGGGAAAUCAUUGUUGCUGGUAAAAUUGUCACUCUCAGGGACCAUGCAAUUAUUCUUCCAAAGAAGGCACUAGUUAGCGAUAUCAAUUGGUGUCCUGACAAUGAAAAACCACUUCUGGCAAUUACAGACAAAGAUGGGCAUAUUUACUUGUCUAGUGGAGUAGGUAGCAAUGUUGAACGCAUUGUAGUUUCCCAACGAUGUGGGGUUUGUAUGGACAUAGAACCAGCAGCUAUCUGCUGGUUUUCUGGUGGAAUUGUACUCAGAACCACCUUUUGUCAAAUUCGGUUCUACAAAAAAGAGAAAGAUGAAGCCUGGCGUAAACAGUGGUACAUCAAAACCACCAAGAAGCCUUGUGUUCUUACUUCCCGUCCUUUUAAAAACGACAGCUUAUUUAUUCAUACCCUUGAAGGUCACCUAAUGCAGCUGGCUUUUGUUGAAGGUCAAAAAAAUCCUGUGCUAGAGACAAGAGUUUUUCAUGGAGGUGUUAUAAAGUAUGUUGAAUUUGUAUACCCUUGGGGACAUCAUCUUGUUGUCGUAGAUAAUUGUAUAACACUUAGCGUUGUAGAAUCUUAUGGGGGAACUGAAAUUGAAAGAUUUGAUUUGGAUAUGCUGGGUGAUAUUAAAUGUAUAGCAUCACAUAAAUAUUUUCCAAUGGUUGCUGUGACUUCAAUUGAAGGUGAGGUGGUUCUGGUUAGUAUGCUGGAACCGAAGAAGCCGAGGGUUUUGGGAAGGUAUCAUCUGCAGAAGGAAAGAUUGGAUCUGAUAAGGUUUUCACAGUCAGGCAGGUUCUUGGUCGUAUGUGAAAUGGCUAACGGUAUUAUCUAUUGCAUCAAAUUGUCAUAUAAGAAACGCUUUUCUGUGGUUGGUCAAAUAAAAGUUGAGAGACAAGUUCUUGAUGUAGUAGCUUUCGAUACUAAAGAUUUACUGAGAAUUUUUGUUCUGAUUCGAACAUCAACGCAAUUUCCUAUGGGUCAUGAACUUUUGAUAUACGAAAUAUCUCGAGGAGAGAAGCAAUUUAGCGAUAUUAUUGGUGUGAUACAAUUUUCUGACGGGUUUCAAAACUUCGAGUAUGUUCCUGGAAACCCCAUGUUGUUGAUCGGUGCUCCUUGUAUAACUAGACAACUACAUGUUCUAAGACUUCAAGAUUUAACAGAAAUAACUAUCAUUGAUGCUAUGGUUUCUGGUCAUCAGUUCAGACAAGCUUUUGUCUAUGCAGAUCAUCACUGGAUCACUACUAGUGGGAUUGAUGGAAUCGUAAUUGUCAGAGAUAAGAGUAUAAAAAGCAGUAAAAUUGUCUUAAUGACACAUCAUAGAAAGGACUUUGGCGUUUUAAAAGCAAUAGUCAAAGCUUCUGGUGAAAUAGUGGUUGCUCUAGGACGUGAUGGGUCACUAGUUUCGGUAAGGUACUAUAAACCUGACAUCUCAAGUAUAGAAGAAGCAGAGACAGGCAUACACGAUAUCCGUUACAACUAUUAUUCAAGAAAUCAAGAUUUGAUUAAGAAAGAUUAUGCUUCCUUAGAUCAUGUCAUACUAGAUAUGUUAUCCCGUCCACUUCAAGAAUUUGCACCUGCAGACGAAAGAAAUGAUAUGACUUGGAUAGAGUGGAUGGCAAAAAAUAAACUGCUUGAAGAGGAAAAGCUCUGUGCUGAAAAAAGAGCAGAAAUCUUGUCAAAAUUUAAUGAAUUGAAAGCCAAGAUUAGCAAGCUACUAGACGAAAAUGAAACUUGUCCUGAAAAUGAAAGGUUGCCUAUAUCAGCUUUCGAUUUGGAUAAGGUUUCUCGUGAGCAGAAGAUAAAGGCUGCAAGAGAUGAAAGAGAGGAUAUUCGUUUGGAGUUGGAACAUGAAUGCGCUUCGAUGGAUCGGUUGUCUGAUUGGAUCAAGACUACAUUUUGGGACACUCAAGUUCAUUUAGGAAAAUCUAUAUUUUCUUUCUCUGGGUCUCGAGAAAUACAGAAUUAUCCUUGGGAUAAGUUGAGACAUAACUAUGAGGAACAUCAGAGGUGGGCUGUAUUUGUAUCAGAUCUCAAUAAUGAACUGAUGCAACAAAAUUCUUUUCAACCUUGGCGUUUGUACACAACUUCGGAACUGGAUAUAGAAUUACAGAAAGUAGGAAGGAUACAAAUAAUUAAUGAGAAAGACCGAAUGGAUGCACUCUUGGAUAAGCAGGAGGAAGAUUCGCCAGGUGCUACUGAUGAUGAAUUAGAAAAUCAAUUGGAAAGUGAAGGAAAAACAUCACACCGCUUCAUCAAUCACAGCAAGCAAAUCUCCUCCCAAUUCGCCUGCUACAGCUACUCUCAAUUCCAACUCGACAAUGCUUUUCAAGAAGCGGAUGUCAAAAAACUUCGCCAAUUUUGGAAUACAAAAUUCGAUGAGUUGUAUGAAAUGAAAGAACGUGAGAUGUCCCUCAUUAAAAAAAGAAUUGAGAAGAUAGAGUACAUUGACUCAGAGCUGAAACAGAUGUUUGGCCAAUCUGUACCAGAAAUUCCAACCUGUCCAAAAUGGAAUCUGAAGGAAAUCCCCGAAAAUAUUAUUACAGUUUCUGACGAUGAAGUAGAAGCCAAACCCUACAUUUCACCAUCUGAACAGGAAAUCAUAGACCAGAAAGCAGCUGAAGAAGAGCGUAUCAGGCUUAAUUUAUUAGCUGAUGAUUUUCGUGAGAGAGCACUGGACUCAAUGAUGGAUGGAGUUCUAGAAAUUCGCUGGGAAGACACUAUCAAAAAAGAUAUACCGAAGCCUAAAUGUAUGCUAAAAUCUCCAGAUCAGCAUACUCCAAAAGAUGUUUUAGCCAUCAUGCAAUAUGAGAAAGAUGUUCAAAAUUUGACUCAAGAACGUGAAAAAUACAGGAGGAUGCUAGAAGCAGAUUAUGUUAAAGCUAAUGAAGCCCUUAAAGAAGGAAUGGAGAAGUUCGAUUCACGACUGGAGGAAUCUUUCGAGUUGAAAAUGAAAGUCGAGGCAGCAAUAAAGCAAGAAAACUUUAGAUUUGCAAGAUUUUCUCUAAGAAACUUACACCGAGUUGAGUUAAUUAAAAAAGAUGAUGAAAUUAGGGAAAACAUCGAAGAAAAGCGUCGUUUAGGGAUUGAAUUCAACGAGCAAAUUCGGCUUGUCCAGAGUAUUAUUCAAGAUUUACAAUCUUACUAUGAUACUCUAUGUCUUCGGGAAAAAACACUUGAAAAGAAAUUCAGAUCCGAGUUCCCUGCCCUUGGAAAAGGCGCUCUCGAAUCAUUACAAAAUCAGUACAAAAAAAGGCCCCGAGCAGUUCUGAAAAAUGUUGUUGCCGGAGACUUUUUGGAUUUGGGAAAUUCUGCUGUUUCAUUGAUGAAGCCAGUUCAUCUUGCUGCGGAAUGUUUGGACUAUCUGAAAAGUCUUGAUGUUUUAGAUAUUAGACCAGCAAAUGUUCCACCAUCUGUAAGUACCAAUCAGUGGGAACUAUUUACUCGACUUCGAAGAAAUAAGAUUGAAAUCGAAAUGAAAAUUAGAGCCCAGGACUUGGAAAUAAAAGAAGCUAACAGCACUGUCUCUAAUUAUGAACAGAAAAUAGAUAGAGUCAAAUCUGAAAUUGAUGCUUUAAAGCAAGAAUUGCACGUUCGUAAACAAGAAAGAAUCGAGUUCGAGAGAAAUAUUGAGAUACAACUGGUCUUGAAAAUGGGCCAAGUAAAGAUUGAAUCCAAUUUAACAAUACAUGACACAAAGGAUGCUGUCUUAGUUCCCUCUUCUGAGAUUGAGGCUGUUAAUGCAAAAAUUUUAGAAGCUGAAACCGAAAAACUAAAAGUCAUGAAUAAAGUUUCAAACUUCCAAAAAGUGAUUGACCAAAAAGAAUGGGAAUAUAAAUGUCUGAAGAUGAAAAUUGAACAUUUGAAAGAGGAGCUUCAUGAUAUCCAACGCAUCCCAGUUACGAGACAGAUUCAAUUAUAUCUUAAGCGGAAAGCUCUAGGUCUCAAAGAUGAUAAGACUCCCGAGAAUUUGGAUAGACAAAUGGAAGCAAUGAGAAGGGCUUCUGAGAAGAUUUUGAGGGACUAUGCUUGGAAGACGGAAGAUGUUGAGAACAAGAUCAAACUGAUAACGAAACAAAACGAGUUGCUGGAUAAGACUAUCAUCAAAAUGAAAGUUGCUAUGUCUGAAAUGGAACAGGAAAGAGAGUUAGAUAGUGAAACGAAGGACAAGGAAUUGCAAAAGAAGAAGAUGGCCAUGAUUGUUAAAAGGUCAAAUAUAGCAAGGGAACUUGAGAAAAAUGAUGCGGAGAUUUUGGAACUUCAGACUGAACAUGAAUUAUCACGAUUGAAGAGAUUUCCGAUGUUGCCUUCGUUUCGGGAUCUGGAUGACGAUCAUGAUAAGAAGAAAACGUGUUAACAGAGCGCGUCGAUCAUGAUUUUAAAUACACGCCAGUGCAUUACAAUUUAUACAUUACAUGACUUCAUCAGCCAUCUUCUGAUCUUAGUUUUGCU